ACUACCAACCUUUAAGUUCUAGAUGGCCUCUGCACACAUUGCAUCACCUCUCGCAUUGUUUACAUCUGUUGUGCCUACAAGCUACAAGAAAUAGAGACAACAGCUAUUAGACAAUUGUACAUAUUGAAAUGUACAUCACCUUUUAACUGUUUACAAAUUUGUAUCAUUGAUAUUAUGUUCUACCGCAGAUCUGUCGAACGUUACUCCCCUCUCCUGUGGGGAGAGGUGCCAAGAGCUGAAAGGACGAAUCAAUAAGGAAUGAAAGUUUGAGAAUUGAUUUGAAAUAUCGAUAAUGCAGAACGAUACAUGAGAUAUAUAACUUUGAUUCAGGGGGAAGCAAAAAUCAAAGGACUAAAAGAUAACCAAAUUAGUAGAUCAAUAUUUUUUCAACUCCCUUCUCCACACCCCCACAAAAUAAUUUUAUGCCAACGGUAAAUUUAUGACGUGCAAGCGGUAUUCCCCAAAAAUCCAACAUGGAGACUGGCGGGAAGGUUGAUAUCUCUCAACUUCGUAACCUUGUUCGACAAUAUAUAGACAUGCAUUUGUACAAAACGGCUUUAUUUUGGGCAGAUGAAGCUGUAUCCCUGUCUAAUGGAGACAUCCAAGAUGUUUACUGGCUUGCCCAAACUUUAUUUCUUACUGCUCAAUUCCAUCGAGCUUCGCACGUUUUAAGGAACCGAGGAGGUGUUCUUCAAACGAGCCUCGCUUGCCGCUAUCUGGCUGCCAAGUGCCAUGCAGAAUGUAAACAGUGGAAAGAAGCUCUGGAAGUUCUGGAUAUGGAGCAAAAAGAGCCGGCAGACAAGGAUCUAGCGGAGAUUUGCUUUGUCGGUGGAACGAAAAAGCUCGAAAGUGCAGUUUGUUUGUUGAAAGGAGUCGUGUAUGAAGCUAUGGAUAACCGAGCUUUAGCCACAGAUUGUUUCAAAGAUGCCCUCAAAAAUGACGUGCACUGUUUUGAAGCGUUUGAUCUGCUUGUUUCUCAUCACAUGCUGACCGAUAAGGAGGAACGAGAGUUGCUGUCUUCCCUGCCUUUCUCAGAGCAAUGCAUGCCUGAAGAGGUUGAUUUGUUGAAGUUCUUGUACGAAGGCAAGGUGAAGAGAUACUGCAAACCUGUUGAUCCAAAGCCACCUCCUGGUUUGGAAACCCUGUACGACAACCUGGAUGUAGUUGCUGGAAUGGCUGAGCUGCACUUUUACAACUGCAGUUACUAUCAGUCCUACAAGAUGACAUCUUCUGUCCUGACAUCUGAUCCUUAUCAUGAGGCUUGCUUGCCCAUUCAUAUCACCUGCCUGGUAGAACUGAAGAAAACGAAUGAGCUGUUCUACCUUGGACAUAAGCUUGUUGAUAACUAUCCUCAAAAGGCUGUUGCUUGGUGUGCAGUUGGCUGUUAUUACUAUGUCAUUGAAAAGUAUGAGCAGGCUAGGAGGUACUUUAGCAAAGCUACCAGUAUAGAACGAGUUUAUGGGCCAGCAUGGCUUGCAUUUGGGCAUGCUUUUGCAGCAGAAGGAGAGCAUGAUCAAGCAAUGGCAGCUUACUUCACAGCUUCUAAGCUAAUGCCAAGAUGCCAUCUGCCUCUUCUCUAUAUUGGCCUGGAGUAUGGAAAAACCAAUAAUGUAAAACUGGCUGAGAGAUUUUUUGAACAGGCUUUAAUUCUUUCACCAGAUGAUCCUUUGUGAAGCAAGAGAUGGGUGUGAUUGCCUUUCAAAAUGGAGAUUAUCAUUCAGCAGAAAAGAACUUCAAGGCAGCUCUCCAGAAAGCACAGAUCACUAGUGGGGAAGUUCUCUCAGAAACU